AUGUCCGCUGAAGAACCACAUUUUAUGUCCUUUGAGCCCAAACCAUUUGCCGGUACCAAUGCUCUCAAGCCAAUUAAGGUUGGAAAGUGCGAAUUGCAAAACAGAAUUGUGCUCCCACCAUUGACUAGAGUUAGAGCUGAUAUCAAUGGUGUUCCAGACGGUAAACUAAGUGGAGAGUACUACUCUCAGCGUGGCCAAAGUCCAGGUACUUUGCUGAUUACUGAAGCAGUUUCUGUUUCCAAGCAGGCUAGUGGUUUUGACCAUACUCCAGGGUUGUACAGCGAAGAGCAAGUUGAACAAUGGAAAAUUGUCACAGACGCAGUGCACUCUAAGAAGUCGUAUAUUUUCGCGCAGUUGUGGGCCACCGGAAGAGCUGGUAACCCAGCAUCUUUGGCCAGAGACGGGCUCCGUUACGACAGUGCUUCCGACGACGUAUACUUGUCCGAGGAUAUUAAGGAAGCUGCAUUGAAAGCCAAAAACCCUCAGCACGGCAUCACCAAAGAGGAAAUCAAGGAAUACGUUGCCAACUUCGCCAAGGCGGCCAAGAACGCCGUUGCUGCUGGUUUCGACGGUGUCGAAUUGCAUGCCGCUAAUGGUUACUUGGUGGACCAAUUCCUUGAUCCGGCUACCAACCACCGUACCGAUGAGUACGGGGGAUCCAUCGAAAACCGCGCUCGUUUUGCACUAGAAAUUAUCGAUGCCAUGGUUGAGGCUAUUGGCGCUGAAAGAGUCGCGGUCCGUUUGUCGCCAUUUGGUCGUUUCCAAGGUAUGUCUGGUUCCAAAAACCCUCUCUUCUUGGCCCAACACGCUUACAUCAUUGGUGAAUUGGAAAGAAGAGGUCAAGAGGGUAAAAGAUUGGCCUUUAUCGAUCUAGUCGAAGCUCGUCUUCCAAAUCCUUUCACUGAGGAGCUAGACGGUAAGCCAACUGAUUCCAGUGAUUUCAUCUACACCGUUUGGGAAGGUAUUGUCGUUAGAUCUGGUAACUUUGGUACUCAUCCAGACGUCGCAUUGAAGGUCUUUGAAAACGAAAGAACGUUGUUGGCCUAUGGUAGAGUAUUCAUCUCAAACCCUGAUCUUGUCUACCGUUUGGAAAAGGGCUUGCCUUUGAACCAAUACAACAGAUCCACUUUCUAUGGUGGUGGUGCCGUCGGUUACACUGACUAUCCAACUUACGAAGAGGCUGUAGCCAAGGGCUACAAGGUUGUGUCUUCUUGA